GGCGCCGACGCUUUGUAAAGAAUAAAAAUUGUUUGCACACACCAUUGCCAGAAAGACACGACAUUGCACGUUACUUGGAUUAGAAUUAAAAAAAAAAAAAAAGUAAAAAAGUCAAACAUUUAAUACAUAUCAUCACUAUUGGCAUUGUAUUACGCCCAGUUUACCGCGAGAACUUGAUUCGUUUGCGUCAUAUUUCUUAACAUAUAUUAUAAAAAUAUUUAUUUAUUUAUUUAUCUCAGGUGUUGUUUGACCACCAGUGACGAAAGAUAACAGAUCAUUUUUACUUAUCACAUUAUCAUCCAGUAUCAUAUGUCAAAUAAAUUAAACUCAUACAUUAUUUGCAGAAUUAACAAUUUCAAAUUGAAACACAAUUUUUGGAUAUAUUAAAAAAAUUAUAUUUUCAAUUAAAUUUUUUAUUUAUUUAUUUGUUUAUUUGAUUGAUAAAUAAGAGUGAAAGGUACGACAAGUGGUAGAUUAUACGUUGUCAAAGUGUCAUGAUCAGUGGUUUUUUUAUCCACCCUUAUUAUCGCUCCUUCCUAGAGUCAUGCAGGCACCCUUCAAACGAGCUACCCUGGGACAAGAAUCAACAAAAACAACAGAUUCAUUAUCAAAUGAAAAUGAAAAAUUGGAAAGUAAUAGUUGGCGAAACAGAUGGAAAUUACGUAACAAUAAUGAAACAACAGAAAACAAUGAUAUAUCAUCAUCAUCAAAAAUUGGAACAAAUGAAAAUAAUAUUAAUGAAUUAUGUAGAGAAUUGGAGGGAUCAGAUCCAGAGACGAAUGACCCUAUUCACCUCAAGAGACGGGUGGGUCUCGUCAGUGGGGUGGCUUUAAUUGUUGGUACAAUGAUUGGUUCUGGUAUAUUUGUAUCACCAUCUGGUUUACUUGUACGUACUGGUAGUAUUGGUAUUAGUUUUUUAGUAUGGACUGGAUGUGGUAUAUUAUCUCUAUUUGGUGCAUUAGCAUAUGCUGAACUUGGUACAAUGAAUACAAGUAGUGGUGCUGAAUAUGCAUAUUUUAUGGAUGCAUUUGGUGCACCACCAGCAUUUUUAUUUUCUUGGGUAUCAACACUUGUACUUAAACCAUCACAAAUGGCUAUAAUAUGUUUAUCAUUUUCACAAUAUGCUGUUGAAGCAUUUUCAAAUGAAUGUGAACCACCACAAUUACUUGUUAAAAUUAUUGCAAUAUUAGCAAUAUUAAUAAUAUUAUUAAUUAAUUGUUAUAGUGUUAAUUUAGCAACUGGUGUACAAAAUGCAUUUACAGCAGCUAAAUUAAUAGCAAUAUUAGUUAUUAUUGUUGGUGGUACAUGGUCACUUGCUAAAGGUAAUACACAACAUUUAAAUGGUGCAUUUCAAACAAUGGAUGGUAGUGAUAGUGUUAAUAUUGGUAGACUUGCAACAGCAUUCUAUACUGGUUUAUGGGCAUAUGAUGGAUGGAAUAAUUUAAAUUAUGUUACUGAAGAAAUUAAAGAUCCAUCGAAAAAUUUACCAAGAAGUAUUAUGAUUGGUAUACCACUUGUUACUGUUUGUUAUGCACUUAUUAAUUUAUCAUAUUUGGCUGUUAUGUCACCAACUGAAAUGAUUGAAAGUGAAGCUGUUGCUGUUACAUUUGGAAAUCGAAUAUUAGGUGUUAUGGCAUGGUUAAUGCCAUUGUCUGUUGCUGUUAGUACAUUUGGAUCAGCAAAUGGUACACUAUUUGCUGCUGGAAGAUUGUGUUUUGCUGCAUCAAGACAAGGACAUCUUCUUGAUUGUUUAAGUUAUGUUCAUGUUAGGCGUUUUACACCAGCACCUGGUUUAAUAUUUCAUUCAUUAGUUGCAGCUGCAAUGGUUAUAUCAGGAAAUAUUGAUUCAUUAAUUGAUUUUUUUUCAUUUACUGCAUGGAUUUUUUAUGGUGGUGCUAUGGUGGCAUUAUUAGUUAUGCGUAAAACACGUCCAAAUCAUCCAAGACCAUACAAGUGUCCACUUGUUAUACCAAUUCUUGUAUUAUUUAUAUCAGCGUACCUGAUUGUUGCACCAAUUAUUGAUAAUCCACAAAUUGAAUAUCUUUAUGCUGCUGGUUUUAUUGCAGCUGGAAUGUUUUUUUAUCUUCCAUUUGUUAAAUAUGGAUAUGUACCAAAAUUUAUGGAGGGUGUUAAUGUUUUUCUUCAAAUGCUUCUUGAAGUUGCACCAACAGCUGCUGCCUAUGAUUAAUCAACCAAAAUCUCCUCGACUUAAUUUAAUAAAUAAUUAUAAUAAAAAAAAACAAUUUUAAUAAUAAAACAAAGAUAUAAAUAAACAGAUAAUCAAGUGUCGAAUCAUUCCACUGUGGCACUUGAUACUGAAAAAAUUAUUUUGUAUUUUUUAAUUAUUAAAUUAUAGUAAAAUUGAUAAUGAAGAAAAAAAAUAAAGCUAAUAGGAAUAUAGACCUGAAAUAAUUAAAGUUAAAAGAAAAAAAAACAAAAAUAAAGAAUACUGUUGUAUAUUUAAAUUAUAUAUACAAAUAUUAUUUUAUUACUUGAUUACUUGUUAAUAGUUAAACGUAGUGUACAGUAUAUUAACAUUUUAAAUUUGUAGAAAAAAAAAAAAAAACACAAAAAAUUUAGUAGAAAAUAAUAAUUAUUAUAAAACAAAUUGUAAAAACAGGUAAAAAUAUGAUAACAUACAGUUGAUAAUAUUUUACAUGUUUUCUUUGUUUUUUAUUUAAU